CAAGCUCUUCGGGAUCCAAACACAACAUUGCUUCAGGCCAGAUCAAGACUAGCAACUCUAUUUCAACCACUAUGGCGGCGGGUAUAGAGGUAGAGCUGGUGAAAACCCGCAUUUGCAUGAUUUCCGAUACGCACAAUUGUUCGCCGCUGCCUCCAGGAGAGGUACAUACGCCGUACAGACGCCCGCUGCCUUCGGCUGACGUCCUUCUUCAUGGCGGGGACUUGACCUUUGUCGGCAGGGAGAAGGAGCAUCAAGGGAUGAUUGACAUGCUUAAAGAGGCAGAUGCUGAGCUGAAAAUUGUCAUUGGCGGAAACCACGAUAUAACGCUUGAUGAGGAAUACUACAACUCUGUCGGCCAUUUAAAACACAAGUGGACAGGACCUGAGGAUCUUGCCAAGAUCCGAGAGCUAUACUGCGGGGAAGAAGCCCAGAGAUACGGCAUCGUCUAUAUGGAAGAGGGCGUACGGACGUUCAGAUUAAAGAAUGGUGCUCAAUUUACCAUUUAUGCGACUCCAUAUCAGCCCGAGUUCUGUCGAUGGGCAUUUGCCUACAAUCGUGCUCAUGACCGCUUCAACCCAUCUCCAGAGGGCGCACUGUUCCAAGCGCAGAACCCAGUCCCAUCAUUUCCUGACGUGCACAUAUUGCUAACCCACGGGCCACCGUUGGGUUUUCUGGACCUGGUUCAUUCAAGUACACACGUCGGCUGUCAACAUCUCCGUGGAGCAGUGGGCCGCGCAAGGCCUCUAAUCCAUUGCUUUGGGCAUAUCCAUGAAGGCCACGGAGCCGUGAGGAUGAACUGGGAUGCUGAUUCCUUGAAAACCAUCCCCCAAAAUAGGGCCGAAGAGUUGAAGAAUCGAUGUGCGUUCGUGGAUCUAAGUCGCGAUGGUGGUGAUCCUCUAAGAUUUGGAGCAGAGACGUUGUUUGUGAAUGCAUCCAUUAUGACCCAGCGAUAUGAUCCGCUGAAUGCCCCAUGGUUGGUAGACGUUGACCUCCCACGAGUGUUAGAUGAGGAGAUGAUCGGAUAA